ACCAAAAUUUAGCGAGCUCGAAAACAAAACCUCUAGCUUUCCCUCCAUUCUCCCCCCAAAACCAUCCCAAAUCCAAAUCCACUUCCUCAAAACCCGAACCCGUUAUCUGUCAUGCUCUGAAACCAGCAUCAUCCGGCUGAAGAUGGAUCUGGCGGCAGUGACGACGGCGGCGGAGGAAUCCGAUCCACAAAAAGAUGGCGGAGCUCCGGGCGGCGUGCCAGACAGAGAUCCGGAUCCGGCGACAAAGAUCCGAACUCUCUGCGAGCUCGUUUCGUGAUUCUCUGCGCUUGAUCAGGUCCAAAGUUGAGGCGAACUUGGAGAACCGAGAUAAACUUGCUAAGUUGAAAGGUUACCUGAGACAAUUGGAGACUGAUCUCAAUGAUGUCCUAUCAGUGAGGACUUGCAAGGAAGCCAAGCACACAGCUAUAGCUAAAUCCAUCUCUGCUGCAGUAGCCAGAACUGAGCAACUUGAAAAGAAAGUUCAAGAUCAAAGGGCGAGGAAAGAUGAAUAUGCUGCAUUAGUUGCACAACAGCUUCUGAUUUCAGGAGCUCUGGAAGAAAAGAGCGAUGAGUAUAUGACUGAAACAAAAAACAUUGAGGAAGCUAUCAUGUGGUAUAAAAGGGUUCUUGGCUUCAGGACAGAAGGAGGUGAAGGGGUCAAAUUCAUCUUCAACAACAUUGACCUGAAAAAUGCAGAUAAAGAGUAUGCAUUUACCAUAAGGCUUGAUGGCGAUAUAUACAAGUUGAUGAGCUGUGAUCCUUGCGUGGAAAAUGUCAAUGACUUGAUUACCGGUUUGAAUAAAACUAAUGACCUUUUCAAGUUUGUGAGAAUUUUGAGACAGAAUUUUCAAGCUGCUGCAUUGAAUGAAACUUUACCUACGAAAUCAUCUUUCCUUCAAGAAUCAAUUUCAAUAACAAUUUCAUCUCCACCACCAAUCUCAGUGGAUAGCAGGAAAGAAACACCACUAAAGGAAAAUAUUCCUCGUUCUCAACCUAAAAAACCUCGCCUUAAAUCGAAUCAGAGGCUCAUCUCUGGGCAGGAUUCAGCUCCAUCUCCACAGUCCAUAUCAAAUCGCCGCCGCUCCCCACGUUUUGCGCGACGGUACAUACUGUUUGCUGCUGCUGCUGUUUAUGGGCCAUUGCUCGUGGUGGUGACUCAGAUUGUAGCAGCAACAGCUGCUUGUAUUGCUAUGUUGACGACUCAAAAUGCACCACAAAAAAUGAAAAGGGUGGAGCUUCAACUGAAGUAACACUUGGAAGAAAAGAGGAGAAAAAGAGGAAAGACCUCUCUUUUGUUGGACCUUUUCUAGUAACCCCUUCUCCAAGCGAAAAGAAAACAAAAUGACUCGCCUUCAACAAAUGUUGAGUUUUGUUCAAAUGUGCUUCUUA